GGACUCUAAUCCUCCAGGUUGGGCAGACAGGCUGGUCGCUGGCUGAGAAUCCAUGUGGCGCGGUCUCUGUACCCUGGCAGCCCGGGUGGCACGUGGGCCUUGCAGACCGUGCACGCGUCAGGGCAGCAGCGCCCCGGCUCCCGGAUCUGGGGCCACCAUUUUCGCGCUGAGCUCUGGCCAAGGCCGCUGUGCCAUUGCCGUGAUCCGGACCAGCGGCCCCGCCAGCGGGCACGCCCUCCGGAGUUUAACGGCUCCCGGGGACUUGCCUCCGGCCCGCAGAGCCUGCCUGCGCCUGCUCAUCGACCCCCGCUCUGGGGAGCCCUUGGACCGUGCCUUAGUGCUCUGGUUUCCUGGUCCCCAGAGUUUCACGGGUGAGGACUGUGCCGAGUUCCAUGUGCAUGGAGGCCCGGCAGUGGUGAGUGGUGUCCUGCAGGCCCUGGGCAGGGUGCCAGGGCUGCGGCCUGCGGAGGCGGGUGAGUUCACCAGGCGGGCCUUUGCCCACGGGAAGCUGAGCCUGACUGAGGUGGAGGGGCUGGCAGAUCUGAUCCAUGCGGAAACCGAGGCGCAGCGACGGCAAGCCCUGCGGCAGCUGGAUGGGGAGCUCGGUCAUCUCUGCCGUGGCUGGGCCGAGACCCUCACUAAGGCACUGGCCCAUAUGGAGGCCUAUAUCGACUUCGGGGAGGAUGAGAACCUGGAGGAGGGCGUCCUGGAGCGAGCUGACAGCCACGUGCAGGAGCUGGAGGUGGCACUAAACACACAUCUUCGAGAUGCCAGGCGCGGGCAGAGGCUCCGCUCAGGGGCACACGUAGUGGUCACUGGACCCCCGAAUGCGGGCAAGAGCAGCUUGGUGAACCUGCUCAGCCAGAAGCCUGUGUCCAUCGUGUCCCCGGAGCCGGGGACCACCCGUGACGUGCUGGAAACCCCUUUGGACUUGGCUGGGUUCCCAGCACUCCUGAGCGACACAGCAGGGUUGCGGGAGGGCGAGGGGCCCGUGGAGCAGGAGGGUGUGCGGCGCGCCCGUGAGAGGCUGGAGCAGGCUGACCUCAUUCUGGCCGUGCUGGAUGCCUCUGACCUGGCCUCUUCGUCUAGCUGCACCUUCCUGGACACGAUUGUCAUCCCUGCAAUAGCUCAGAGCCACAAUGUGAACAGCCAGCGCGUCUUGCUGGUGCUGAACAAGUCAGACCUGCUACCUCCGGGAGCCCCAGACCUCAGUCCUGAACUGCCCUCCCACCUGCUGCUGUCCUGCCUGACUGGGGAGGGGCUGGACGGUCUCCUGGAGGCACUAAGGAAGGAGCUGACUGCAGUGUGUGGGGACCCGUCUGCAGGCCCACCGCUUCUGACGAGGGCGAGGCACCAGCAUCACCUCCAGGGCUGCCUGGACGCCCUUGGCCACUACAAGCAAGCUAAAGAUGUCGCCUUGGCGGCCGAGGCUCUGCGGAUCGCCCGGGGGCACCUGGCCUGCCUCACCAGUGGAGGGGGCACUGAGGAGAUCCUAGACAUCAUCUUCCGGGACUUCUGCGUGGGCAAGUGAGGGGACCAGGCUGGAUGGAUGCCCAGAAGUCUUGAGGCAUCUGGGAAUAGCUUAGGCCAAGUAAAUUCUCAUUUCCUAGGGGAAGAACUUGACUGUAAAACAGUGAGUGAGCUCCCUGUUGCUGGUGGUGACCACGCUCUAGCUGGCCACAUUCCCUCACAGGGGCUUGCUGGGGGUCAGGCCCUGGAGUAGGGCUGAACAAAGGUCUCUUUGGGCACUUGAUGCUGGAGGAGUAGCAGUGGAGGUUUGGUGGGAGCGAGGGGUCGGGUAGGAGGGUCUGAGGGGUCUUCGUUUUAUAGUUUUUAAUUUAUUUUGUAAAUACCAAAGAAAAAAAAACUCAGGUGAUCUGGAAACAUUUAAAUGUGGAAAUCCUCCUCCCCACCCCCAACUACCACUGGUGUCACAGCAUAACUUGUGUCCUUCUAGAACUUUCUCUGUAUACUUGUGGAUGCACCCGUUUUGUCUUGUGUUUUCUACAUACAUUGUGUUGUUUGUUGCUCUACAAGUUGUCAUUCCUUUUCUGGUAUUGACCUUGAAAUUUUGUCUCUCGAGUCUUAAAAGGGACUUAAAAAAUCCUGGGGGCCUACUCCUUUUCCAAGCUUAGUCUUCACUGAUUCUUCCAUUCAUUUGUUUACUAACUUAGUGAAUAUUUAUCAGGCAUCAUCUAUAGUCUAGGAUGGUACACAUCAUUUUACUGGAUCUUUGUAACAGCACAGUGUGGUGGGCAGUUCUAAAGAUGAGGAAACAGACUCAGAGUAGUAGCUGGUUGCUGGAGACUCCCAGCUUCGGUAUUUGUACAUAGGACUGUUCAGCUCUAAUCUGAGUCCACUGUGGGCCUUCUGUGCAACUGGCCCAGUGCAGGGUGCUGGGAACAGGGACAGAAACAUGCAGGCAUCACCUCUCCCCUCGUUAGAGACCUAGCUCCUCCAGUGAGGUCUGAUGGCUGCUGUGUCAACUUACAAUGAAGGGACAUGACCUGGUUAGGGACCUGUGGGCCAGAUGCCCUGCAGACCAGACUGGAAUAGGCACUAACAUCUCAAUGGUGAGAAGGAAGCCAGGUAGAGGGAGCUUGUGAGUGUCCCAGGCAAAGGGCACAGCAUGUGCAAAGGUCCUGAGGUGGGACAUCACCAUGUGUUCAAGGAAUAGCAAAGUGGCCAGUGUGGCUGGA